AUGUGGUCGAGUUGUGUGGUUUCGGUGUUGUUACUGUCGGGGGCGGUGGAUUUGUGUGCAGGCAUUCGAGCUGGUAUUGUGUGUAGAAUUAAGGAUCCAUCGAUAGUGCAGCAGAAUUCUAACGUGCUACAGAAUUGUCUCUAUGAAGUGUACCCAGUGGAAUUGACGCAAGAUUAUGUUAGCAGCUUGGAUAGACUGGGAACUCAAAACAAGCUGUUUGCGUUGUACGGUGGUGUGAACUCAUGUAGUUAUUUUGGAAACUUGAUCAAAACUCAGAAAGGUAAACAAACCUUGGUGGAUACGAUUAAGGACCAGCUGCAGGCGAGUGGCUUCCGGGGGUUGGAUUUACAGUGUGACCCGGGACAUCCGCAAGUUUCCCAGCAAGAUUACGCUAAUUUUAUUCAACUUUUGCGUGAUCAAAUCGGCGGAGGAUACGUGAUAUCCGUGACUGUACGCAGCACCACGAUCGAUCAGUGUUUGGUGACCGCGCUUAACUCUGCAGUUGAUUUGAUUAAUGUUCCGCUUGACGGUUCUUCGGUUCAAUCUCUCAUCUCGUUGGGAAUAAGCUGUCAGAAAAUUGUUCUGGAAGUCAUGCUGCCUCUUGUGUUGAGUUGUCCACUGGAUACCGGUGUAAAUAACCUGUUUUCGGUGAUUGAUACGGCAGUUGCGGUGGUCGAUGGCCAGGGUCUGUUAGGUGCUACAAUUCAACUUGAUCGGGAUGAUGUUGCUGGAGUUUGUGGUAAGGGUUGCUUCCCACUGCUUAACAAACUGGCUUCCGGUUUGGAAGCAUGCACAAUGCGACCAAGUUCGAAUUGUGUCAGCGGCGGCCGAUGCAAUUAUAACGGAUAUAUUCGAGACACGCGCGAUUGUUCUCGUUUCUGUUCGUGCAAUAACGGAGUGCAGAAUCGAUUCCAGUGUCCGAGAGACAUGUCAUUUGAUUUGUGUAGCAGCAGUUGUCAACCCGUUGUGCAGGUAAAUUGCAAUCAAACCGCUUGUACUCUGGUGGGUGCGGUUAACGGUGGAAAUAAUGUUCCUAUUCCGAUUCCUUAUCCAUUCCCAUUUCCCGGGAAUUGUGAUAAUGGUAACAAUGGUACUGACGGCACCGAUGGAACUGGUAACCUAAAUACAACAACUAUCAUCCUGGUCAACAAUCAAACAUCCGAGCUGUUGAAGUUGUUGAAUGCUACAGAUUUGGAGAACACCGUAGGUGUUUUAAACGACGCUCUAAAGGACGUUUAUCCGUCGUUGUCAAAUGUUGUAGAUGCGGUGAAUAAACUCCUCUCCGGUUUAUUGUUGGGCGAUAAAAAGAUGAACGACACGAUGGAUCAGAUGGAUGCAAUGCAGCAAAAGAUGGGUCUUCUGGAAAGUGUUCUCGAUGUUGUAAUAAAGUUACUGAACAAUCUUCUUGGAUUGGAUCUCAGUGGUUUGCUUGGCGGUUUGACUGGUGGCGGCGGCGGCAGCCCAAUUCCAGAUAUACCUGGAGUUCCUGGAGUACCUGAUGUUCCUGGAGUGCCUGAUGUUCCUGGAGUGCCUGAUGUUCCUGGAGUACCAGAUGUAGGAGGUCUACUCGGUGGUUUAGGAUAA